AGUAGUCUUUGGCACAUGAUGCAAGGGUUAAAGCGGGAAGCUAACGGCGAGGGUAAAACUCGCCUUAGACCGCUGCGCAUUGGUUUGAUGGCCACAAGCGAUUAGUCGAGGGAAAAUCCCAUCAACCGAGGCACCUUUUUGGGCUAACCGACAUGUCAUCGAUUUGUCUGCCAUUCACCUGAGGUAGGCAAUUCGCCUUAGUCGCCAACGAAGCAUCCCCAGCCUCGUUGGCUUUCUUUUAAUUAUCCAAUACUCCUUUUAGUUUCUUACUUUGGCUCAUGUUGCGGACACUUGUGGGCUACCAUCCAGUUACCGUUACAUUUAUUUUCUUCUCCAUUCUGGUUCUUCUCAUCCUCCUUGUACCGUGACAGAGUGCAAACACGUUCCCGCUUUCCCCACAACAGCAGCUAUUCCCAUCCACACCACGCACCACACACACUCCACGGGCAAGCUUCCUCAGCUUACCCUGUCUUCUCGUCGACCUUGGUACCCUGUUCCUAGAGGCAGGAUACAUCCUCUCCCCAAGGGACCGCCGAUCCGUACGGUGAGGUGUGCGUGUGAGUCUGAGUGGGCUCCGAAUCUGAUGGCCAGGGGGGUCCCGCAACCAAUUCCCUCCUCAUCUGAACAUACUGUCGACCCCUAGCCCUUGACCGUUGCUACCUUCUAUCGACAGAUUGCAGCCUUCUUUUGCUGGCGUAGCGUGUGUUGUUCCUGGUGUUUCAACCACGUCAGGCAUAGUAGCCGUCUUGGCCUCGACCCUUCACUUGCUUCUUCUUCUCUUAUAUAUCCCUUGACUAGGCCGUCGCCUAUCUUCCCUUUCCCUCCCUUUUUAGCCAUGUCCCGCUCAUCCUUCGACUAUCCGAAUCCUCUCAAUAUGGACCCUGCCCAGUUCAAGUUGCUGUUGUCGUUGCUGCCCAAAGUGCCCUUGAUAACACGGGUAGCACUGCUUCAUGUUCUACACUUGUCAAAGUCAUCCCAGUACCUAGAUCUGCGGAGCGAUCUCAUCGUCUCGGUGCUACGUUCAUACCUUCAGCCAGCCAAGUUGCGCUCCAUCACGUCCACGCAGAAGCUCGCCAACCGCGAUAGCGGCGUCAAGGGGAGAAUAUGGGUUUCCACAUAUGCCAGCCCCGUGCCGCCAGAAACCGACGUGCGCGACGCCAUCAUCGGGAUCAUACAGUCAACCAGGGCACCAGAUACGCCAGAACUCAAGCUGCGACUGCCGGAUAUCGUGCCAGUGGAGGCCGAGUGGACGGGCUACCGUGCCGGUGCGACGGAAGAGGAGCGGCCGCCCGCGAUUGGAGAGAAGGACAAGUUUGAAAAGCUACAGAAGGAGGUUACCAGCCCGCUGACGGUGUUGUACCUUCACGGAGGAGCGUACUAUCUCUGCGACCCGGCGACUCACCGACCAGCUACGAAGAAGAUUGCCAAGUUGACUGGAGGCCGCGUGUACUCAGUGCGGUACCGCUUGGCUCCGCAGAACCCUUUCCCGUCGGCUCUGCUAGACGCCUUGGUAUCCUAUUUGACUCUGCUAUACCCGCCACCCGAUGCCUAUCACCAAGCCGUCGACCCGAAACACAUUGUGGUUGCUGGAGACAGUGCCGGGGGCAACUUGAGUCUAUCUCUGCUACAACUCCUCCUCGAGCUGCGCCGACAAAGUCGGAAGAUCCGCUGGCUGGGCGAGGAAAGAGAGAUCCCCUUACCCGCUGGACUCGCGCUCAACUUGCCGUGGAUGGACAUCACGCAAAGCUCGCCCAGCUGGGACGCCAAUGGGGAAUUCGACUACCUGCCCACAGGAGAGGUCUACGCAAAAUACAACCCGCCCCCGUGCGAAGCCUGGCCCGCGAAACCGCCCCGGACAAACAUGUACGCCGACGACGACCUCCUCGCGCAUCCCUUGGUGACGCUCCUGAUGAGCCGUAGCUGGGCGGGCGCGCCACCCGUGUACAUCUGCACGGGCUGGGAGCUGCUGGCGGACGAGGACAAGUACAUGGCGCGCAAGCUGCACCAGGACGGCGUGCCCGUGAUCUUUGAGGAGUACGAGGGGAUGCCGCACUGCUUCGCGCUGAUCCUGACAAAGAUUCCCAACGCGAGGCGGUGUUUUGAAGGGUGGACCAACUUUAUGAAGAGAGCUGUCACAAGCCCGGAGACGAUCGAUUCCAGGGCGACUUCGAUCAAGUCCAAGACGCUGCAGGAGGAGGUUCUCGACUUUGAGUCGUUGAGUGCCGUGAGCGCUGAGGACGUGCAUAAGAGGGUCCUCGCCAAGAAGGAGACGACAUUGGCGGCUGCGCCAGAGACUGCUGCGAAACUUUAGAGUCCACCUGAAAGAAGGGGCUUUAGGAGAUUCGCGUCGAUGUCUAAUGAUCAGCUUUAAGGGGUUUCGAUGAAAGGAGAGAUUAUUAAUGAUUUUAUUGCAUAUUCAACAUCAGACCAUGUAAUUAUUUAAACGCCCC